CCGGGGAGGCACGGAGCGUCAAGUGUCCGGCCAGUCCUGCCCAGGCAAACAUGGCUCGGAAGCGCACGGCGGGCAGGGAGCCGGGGGGACGCGAGUUGCGCGGCCAGAUGGCCGCGGGCAGGGAGCCGCGGGGACGUGAGUCACGCGGCCAGACGGCCAAGGGCGAGAGCAAAGCCAGGCGCGAGGAGAAGGAGGCGGAUGUCUUCGAAGAUGAGAAACCUCUAAAGAAGAGUGUUCCCUCAAAAGUUUCACGAGGAAAGAGGAAGAGAGGCUUCAGUGAUUCUGGGGGCCCAGCAGAUGGUCCAGCAAGAAAGAAAGCGGCCAAAGUGACUGUUAAAUCCGAAAACCCUCAGGUUAUUAAGGAUGAAGCCCUCAGUGAUGGGGAAGAUCUCAGGGACUUCCCGAGUGCCCGCAAGAAGGUGCACCGUCCAGAGAAAGAGGCUGCUGCAGACAAAGGUGGGGGUGAAGGCGACGACGAGGAAGAGAGUGAGGAGGACUGGGAAGAGGUGGAAGAAGUUAGUGAGCCCGUGCCGGGUGACGUGGGGGAAAGCGCAACCUUCUCUACAUCCAUUCUGCCCGUGAAGCCCGUGGAGAUAGAAAUUGAAACACCGGAGCAGGUGAAGGCAAGAGAAAGAAGUGAAAAGAUAAAAACGGAGCUGGAGGCACAUCUUCGGAGGAUGAUGAAACGUUUCAAUAAGGAAGUCCGUGAGGACACACACAAGGUUCACCUUCUGUGUCUGCUGGCAAAUGGCUUCUAUCGAAACAGCAUCUGCAACCAGCCAGAUCUGUGUGCCAUCGGCCUCUCCAUCGUCCCAACUCGCUUUACCAAGGUGCCACCUCAAGACGUGGACGUCAGCUACCUGUCAAACCUGGUGAAAUGGUUCAUUGGAACAUUUACAGUUAAUGCAGACCUUUCAACCAAUGAGCAGGAUGGCCUGCAGAUGACGCUGGAGAGAAGGUUUGCUAUUUACUCUGCGAGAGACAAUGAAGAGUUGGUCCACAUAUUUUUACUGAUUCUCCGGGCCCUGAACCUCCCUACCCGACUCGUACUGUCUCUACAGCCAAUUCCUCUGAAGUUAUCAGCAGCGAAGGGAAAGAAACCUUCCAAGGAGAGAUCCACAGAGGGACCUGCAGGCUCCUCAGAAACUUCCAGCCAAGUUCCUGGAAAGCCAAGCAAACCAGAGACCAGCAGAGGAAGCAGACGAGAGGACACGUCUUCUGAGGGCACUGGCAGUGCACACGCCAAAGCGAAGGGGAGCAAGGCGGCUGCCAUGAGGAAGAAGCGGAGAGAGCCCUCCUCCAGCAGGGAAGAGGAGGGCAAGGCCGGGGGGCAGACGGAGGGGACCCAGAGGCGUUCGCGGGGCCGGGAGCGGCGGGCGGCCGCAAGGGUGUCUUACAAAGAGGAGAGUGGGAGUGACAAGGCCAACAGCGGCUCUGACUUUGAGCUCUCCAGCUCAGACAGCCAUCGCCCAUCCGACGAGGAUUCUGAGCCAGGCCUUCCAAGGCAGAGGAGGGCCACCGCCCCUCAGAGGAUGAAGGUGGGGUCCAAGAGGGAGUCCAGGUCCCCGCGUGGAAGCCACCGUCAGCCCCCUGGCUUUCCAGAAGCAUCUGUAAGCGCUUCCGGCAGCAAGCGUAAGAGAGGCAAGCAUAAGAUGCCCGUGGAUGGUGAGGAGGCAGACGGCCGGAGAGCAGCUGGUGUGGACCAGUGGUUGGAGGUGUUCUCUGAGCGGGAGGAGAAGUGGGUGUGCGUGGACUGUGUGCAUGGUGUAGUGGGCCAGCCCCGGACCUGCUACCAGUACGCCACCAAGCCUGUGACCUACAUCGUGGGCAUUGACGGCGACGGCUGGUUGCGCGAUGUCACACAGAGGUACGACCCUGCCUGGAUGACGGUGACCCGAAAGUGCCGGGUUGAUGCCGCGUGGUGGGCCGAGGCCCUGCGACCCUACCGGAGCCCGCUGGUGGAGAGGGAGCAGAGGGAGGACCAGGAGUUUCAGGCGAGGCACCUGGACCAGCCUCUGCCCACCGUCAUAGGCACGUACAAGAACCACCCUCUGUACGCCCUCAAGAGGCACCUCCUCAAGUACCAGGCCAUCUACCCUGAGACGGCUGCCAUCCUUGGGUACUGCCGUGGAGAGGCUGUCUACUCCAGGGACUGCGUGCACACCCUGCACUCCAGGGACACGUGGCUGAAACAGGCCCGAGUGGUGAGGCUUGGAGAAGUGCCCUACAAGGUUGUAAAAGGCUAUUCCAACCGGGCCCGGAGAGCCCGCCUGGCUGAGCCACAGCUGCAGGACCACAAUGACCUGGGCCUGUUUGGCAAGUGGCAGACCGAGGAGUACCAGCCGCCGGUGGCCGUGGACGGGAAGGUCCCCCGGAACGAAUUUGGCAACGUGUACCUCUUCCUGCCCGGCAUGAUGCCUAUUGGCUGCGUCCAGCUGAACCUGCCCAACUUGCACCGUGUGGCCCGAAAGCUGAACAUUGACUGUGCCCAGGCUGUUACGGGCUUCGAUUUCCACAAAGGCUACUCCCAUCCCAUAACCGAUGGCUACAUAGUCUGUGAGGAAUAUAAAGAUGUGCUCCUGGCCGCCUGGGAGAACGAGCAGGCGCUCAUUGAGAAGAAGGAGAAGGAGAAACGGGAGAAGCGGGCUCUGGGGAACUGGAAGCUGCUGGUCAAAGGGCUGCUCAUCCGGGAGCGGCUGAGGCUUCGCUACGGGGCUCAGAGUGAGGAAGCCGCUCCCCACGCAGACGCAGGAGGAGGACUCUCUUCAGACGAGGAGGAGGGGACCAGCUCUCCAGCGGAAGUGGCCAGGAUCCUGGCGGCCUCCUGGCCCCAAAACCGAGAGGUAGAGGAGAAGCGGAAGUGCCUCCGGAAGAGCAGGAGGGAGGAGAAGGAGGCAGCUUCCCACCUGUUCCCGUUUGAGAAGCUGUGAUGUGAGUGGUCACCUCCUCGGGGGCUCAGCCGUGCCCCAGACCUUGCUCCCGGAUAGAUCCCUCCUGCGUCCGACAGUCGUGCUGUUGCAGACACGGGCCCCUUCUCUGCAGGCCCCUCGUUGCCCUCAGUCAGGUCCCGGACGCUGUGGGGGGAGAGCAGGUCAGUGCAGGCCGUCUCAGGGUGACACGGCUGGACCUGCUUUCCCAGGUAACGCUUAGUGGUGGCAGAAGACUAGAACAAAGAGCUAAAGUCAGGAAAGAAAAGGAAAGAUGAUGAGAAUUAAAGAAAUGUCAGGAAGAGUGGAUCAGUGUUAAAACUAGAUUUUAUCCAUUACUGGAUACAUUUAUAAAGCCCUAUGCACUGCAGAUAUUUAGGAGAAAUAACUUUUAUAAUAUUUUG